AUGCCUUGUCCCAUCAAUGCACGUGGUAUAAUGGUACCCCUCAUAAACCAGCAACGAACAUGGGAUUGUGGUCUUGCUUGCAUCUUGAUGUCUCUGUGUCUUACUCUUGCUGGCAUUUUUGUUUGCAGCAUUUGGUCCAUUGAUUUGGCGUUCUCGCUGCAGAAAUUUUCUGUUAGAUUUUCCUACUUCGCGAUAACGGUAGGAGCAAACCCAAAAUUUUCUGUGGAGACAUUUUACAAGGAGCAAUUUCUUAAUGAUUUGGUCCGAGUAGAAAUGUUAUUUCAGAAAGCAAUUGAAGCAAUAAGAAUACAGUGCAGGUCAACCAGUGGAGAAGAAAUGUCACUCUUGAUCUUGACUGGAAAAUUUGUUGCUAUUGCUAUAGUUGACCAGUAUAAACUAAGGUAUAGUUAUUGUUUGGCAUCAUUUGAUGUGGACUGUAGCCAAAUGUUACAUUACUAUAAAUUCCCUUUUUAUGCAGUUGAUCUUGGCUUGGGUUUGGUUGCGAUUCAGGCUACUUUAGUAGCAGCUCAGGAUACACCGUUGGGUACUAAUGCGUUUACCUCUUGUCACUAUGUCGUGAUCUGCGGCUACAAUGCCGUGACAGAUGAGUUUGAGAUUCACGAUCCAGCGAGCUUUAGGUAACUUCAGAAGAUCACAUCAAAGCGCCUAGAAGAAGCUCAUAAAUCCUUUGGAACUGACCUCUGACGAGGAUCUUCUCUUGGUAAUUAAGCUAAUACUUCUUCGUAAAUAAUUCAUUGUUCUCCGUUUGUAAACCAUCAAAGGAUGGUCGCACAAGGUUGGAAGUGUCUUGUACUGAUUAAUGCAUUCUCCCUUUUGAUUUAUCCAUGCAUAUAUCUCUGCAGGGGGGAGAGAAUCAAGACGGCCUGUCUUUGGAUACAUGACAUUAACUUUUUUUUGUGUUUUAUUAGCUUGUUCAAGCUUUUGCCACAUUUAUCAUUUUCCUGUGUAUAAUUUUGCAAUU